AUGUCCUGCGGUGGCGGAGACAAGCCCCGAGUUCACGAUUCAGCUUCGAGCCCCAGGGACAGGAACAGGGACAGUGUGGUCGUCGAGCAUAGGAGCUCAGCGGGUUGGGAAAAAUGCUGGGAAGAGGGAGUGACCCCCUGGGAUUUAGGGCAAACCACGCCAGUAGUUCAUCAGCUCGUUCAAAGUGGAUCUCUUCCGAAGGGCAGAGCUCUUGUUCCUGGCUGUGGCAGUGGAUAUGAUGUGGUUGCUAUUGCAAGUCCUGAGCGGUUCGUUGUAGGCUUGGAUAUAUCGUCAAUUGCUAUUAAGAAAGCGAAAGAGGGGUCUUCCUCUUUGCCAAAUGCAAACCACUUCACCUUUGUAGAAGCAGAUUUCUUCCAUUGGCAACCAACAGAGAAGUUUGAUCUUAUCUUUGAUUACACAUUCUUCUGUGCUAUUGAUCCAAACAUGAGACCAGCGUGGGCUGAGAAAAUGAGGGAGCUUCUAAAUCCAGAUGGAGAGCUCAUAACCCUUAUAUAUCUUAUCAGUGGCAAGGAAGGAGGGCCACCAUAUAAUUGCACAGUAGACGAUUAUGAGAAGGUCCUGAACCCUGUGGGGUUCAGAGCUGUAUAUAUCGAAGACAAUGAGAUAGCAGUUGAGAAACGCAAGGGAAGGGAGAAGCUUGGCAGGUGGAAGCAGCUUUCGAGCUGAUCAUCAUUCUUAAGAAUCAAGCCAUGGUUCCAAAGUAUCGAUGUGCUUGAGCAACCAGACAAGUGUGGUUUUUGUUGUGCUUGAAG